GCUCCACGUAGCGUGCAAAACUCGUUUGCAACGUCAAGACAUCAAAGAAUGGUUAAAGUGUAUGCGCUAGCAGUAGCUGAGAAGGGCUCGCCCGUUAAAAUCCUGGCGUCUGAGCAGGACUUGGCAAGUUUUUCGUUCUUCCAGCGGGGGAGUAUAACAGAGUUCAUCAACUUUUUCACGAAAACUGUUGUUGAGCGGACGCCUAAUGGUCAGAGAUCAAAGAUCGAACAAGAUAACUUCCUUGGUCACAUAUAUGUACGCGGGGACGGUCUCGCCGGCAUCCUCGUCGCAGACAAUACGUAUCCAACCCGGACAGCCUUUUCCCUUCUCAACCGGCUAGUCGACGAAUUCUCAGCAAAGUUUCCUGACCGGGACAAGUGGGCCACAAUGAACCCUACCACAACAGCUGCCAAAUAUCCUGAACUGAGACAACAUUUGGUAAAAGCUCAGGAUCCGGAAAGCGCAGAUCCUUUUAUGAAGGUGCAAAAGGAAUUGGAUGAAACCAAAAUCGUUUUGCACAAAACCAUGGAGUCUUUAUUGGCGCGAGGAGAAAAACUGGACGACCUGGUUACACAAUCUGAUGCGUUGUCGAGUGCAUCCAAAGCAUUUUACAAGACAGCAAAGAAGACAAAUUCAUGUUGUGGAUAUUGAUUGCACAGUGGGGUGAUAUGGCUAUACAAGUGCACUCUUUUUUUGGACUGAAAAAUUCACGCUUCACAAAGACCUUAGAGGCAAACCACAGCGGACCAAUUUCAGAGAUCAGCUAGUAUAUUUUAAUGAACAAAAGGGACGUGAUCAUCCCAAUAGCAAUAUCUCCAUCAAUUAUUUCCAUCCAUCUGAUUCAUGCAAUCAAUUUCCA